AUGGUCCCAGAGCCCGGCCCCGCCAACAACAGCACCCCGGACUGGGGGUCGCGGCCGCCUUCGGACCCCGCAGGCAGCGGCUGGGUGGCGGCCGCGCUGUGUGUCGUCAUCGCGCUGACGGCGGCGGCCAACUCGUUGCUCAUCGCGCUCAUCUGCACGCAGCCCGCGCUGCGCAACACGUCCAACUUUUUCCUGGUGUCGCUCUUCACCUCGGACCUGAUGGUGGGGCUGGUGGUGAUGCCGCCGGCCAUGCUGAACGCGCUGUACGGGCGCUGGGUGCUGGCACGCGGCCUCUGCCUGCUCUGGGCCGCCUUCGACGUGAUGUGCUGCAGCGCCUCUAUCCUCAACCUCUGCCUCAUCAGCCUGGACCGCUACCUGCUCAUCCUCUCGCCGCUGAGCUACAAGCUGCGCAUGACGCCCCCGCGCGCCCUGGCGCUUGUCCUGGGCGCCUGGAGCCUGGCCGCGCUCGCUUCGUUCCUGCCCCUGCUGCUGGGCUGGCACCAGCUGGGCCGCGCGCGGGCCCCUGCCCCGGGCCAGUGCCGCCUGCUGGCCAGCCUGCCCUUCGUCCUCGUGGCCUCGGGCCUCACCUUCUUCCUGCCCUCGGGCGCCAUCUGCUUCACCUACUGCAGGAUCUUGCUGGCCGCCCGCAAGCAGGCGGUGCAGGUGGCCUCCCUCACCACCGGCAUGGCCGGCCAGGCCUUGGCGACGCUGCAGGUGCCCAGGACCCCACGCCCAGGGAUGGAGUUGGCUGAUAGCAGGCGUCUGACCACCAAGCACAGCAGGAAGGCCUUAAAGGCCAGUCUGACACUGGGCAUCCUGCUGGGCAUGUUCUUUGUGACCUGGCUGCCCUUCUUUGUGGCCAACAUAGCCCAGGCUGUGUGCGACUGCGUCUCCCCAGGCCUCUUCGAUGCCCUCACGUGGCUGGGUUACUGUAACAGCACCAUGAACCCCAUCAUCUACCCACUCUUCAUGCGGGACUUCAAGCGGGCCCUGAGUAGGUUCCUGCCGUGUCCCCGCUGCCCCCGGGAACGCCGGGCCAGCCUGGCCUCACCCUCCAUGCGUACCUCUCACAGCGGCCCCCGGCCGGGCCUGAGCCUGCAGCACGUGUUGCCACUGUCCUUGCCACCUGACUCCAAUUCUGACUCGGGCUCAGGCUCCGGUGGUUCAUCGGGCCUGCAGCACACGGCCCAGCCACUGCUGCGUAGAGAGGUGCCCCGGGACCCCCCGCCCUCUGCCAGGGUUGCUGCUGUGGUCAAUUUCUUCGACAUCGAUCCGGUGGAACCCAAGCUGCAGCUGCAUCCACUUGGUGCUCCCACGAACUGA